CAGCCUCUCUGGUUCUAGGAUGUCAGCAGGUACACCAUGGGUGGAGUUUCUAUCCAGGGCUGUAGUUAAACUCAGGAAGCUUCCUUGGUCCUGAACGAAGAGCCAAGCUGGAAGGUACAUGCUGCGGUCCAGUCCGCAGAGCCACAUUGCCGUUCGUCCAUUCCUAGGUCAUUUCCCUGUUACCACAGCCAGAAGAGCCAUGGCCAGCGCCCAGGUACCUUUCUCCUUUCCUCUGGCCAACUUCCUCAUCUUUGUCUUAGUGACUUCCACCAUCAUCCACCUCCAGCAACGAAUAGUGAAGCUCCAAACCCUGUCAGAGAAGGAAUUACAGGCGAUUCAAAUGUCCUCACCAAACGAGACAAGAACAGAGAUGCAGCAGAGUGCCAAGCUGCAGGGCAUAUUCACGAUCAAUUCCAUCGGCCGCCUGGGGAACCAGAUGGGCGAAUAUGCUACAUUGUUUGCACUGGCCAGGAUGAACGGACGGCUUGCCUUCAUCCCCGAAUCCAUGCACAACGCUCUAGCACCCAUCUUCAGGAUCAGUCUCCCGGUGUUGCACAGCGACACAGCCAGAAGGAUCCCGUGGCAGAAUUACCACCUCAACGACUGGAUGGAGGAGCGUUACCGCCACAUCCCGGGGCACUAUGUGCGCUUCACGGGAUAUCCGUGCUCUUGGACUUUCUACCACCACCUGCGCCCAGAGAUCCUGAAGGAGUUCACCCUGCACGACCACUUGCGUGAGGAGGCCCAGGCCUUCCUGCGUGGCCUGCGGGUGAAUGGGAGCCAGCCGAGUACCUUUGUGGGUGUCCAUGUGCGCCGAGGGGACUAUGUGCGUGUCAUGCCCAAGGUGUGGAAGGGCGUGGUGGCUGACCGGGGUUACCUGGAAAAGGCCCUGGACAGGUUCCGGGCACGGUAUUCAUCUCCAGUCUUCGUGGUUACAAGCAACGGCAUGGCCUGGUGCCGGGAGAACAUCAACGCCUCCCUAGGAGACGUGGUGUUUGCGGGCAACGGUAUUGAGGGCUCGCCAGCCAAGGACUUCGCGCUUCUCACCCAGUGCAACCACACCAUCAUGACCAUUGGAACCUUUGGGAUUUGGGCUGCCUACCUGGCAGGUGGUGAUACCAUCUACCUAGCCAACUACACCCUUCCGGAUUCUCCAUUCCUCAAAGUCUUUAAGCCCGAGGCAGCCUUCCUCCCCGAGUGGAUGGGCAUCCCUGCAGAUCUGUCCCCACUCCUUAAGCACUAACAACCAGCCUGUCCUUGGUCCCACCUCCAUCUCAAGGCAGAAGGAGUCACUUGUUACAUCCCAGGAAGAGCCUUCUACUGGGAAGAUGUGUGCCUUGGACUGCCAACGAGAAGAACUAAUAUGUGCAGAAAACGUAUUUACAUGUUAGAUACCACAAGCUCCAACAUUCAUUAACAGCUCAGACGUCAUCAAUGGCUCCUGUUGCUGAAAACUAGCAGGCCUUCACCUUUUUCCAGCACAGCUGUCUCAUGGUGCCAGCCGGGCUGCCACCCGCAGAUGGUCUCUUUCAGAGGCAGCAAGAAAAGGUGCCUUGCCGGUUUUACUUUAGGUUCCUUUUGAAGGGUGAGACAAACUCUUGUUUAUACACUUUUUGUCAUUAGCAUUCCCACAGCGGGGCAGCAAUCAUGUAAGGAAGCCUGAGAAAGGAGAGGAGGCUGGCUUGCUCUUUUUAUAGCAACUGCUUUUCACCAACUGACAGGAGUCUGCUGAGAACUGCUAACCCCUUUGAAGGUGGUGCCUUCAGUGACCUCAGAACUUCUUAUCAUCUGUUAAGAUUCUAUUUUUUUUUAAAUUAUGGCUAUAUGUGUGGGUGUGUGCAGUACCUUCAGAGGCCAGACCUGGGCGUUGGGUUCCUGGGAACUGGAGUCAUAAGCAGCUGGCUCUGCCUCUCAAAGGUCUCACCAACAGGGGGCCAAAGGCCAGUUCAGUGAAAGCCACACCUCUCCAAGCAUCCAGCCAGCUCUUCUGUCCCCUUGACAAGAGUUGUGUCACCGUGAGCUCACGUGGCUCAUUAUGAGUCAAGGGGAGGGAGAAUGCUGGGAUUGGUUUAGCCCAAAGUAGGAGUUCUUCACUGCACAGUCAUUUGAUCAAAAGGGAUGUGGGAGCUACCAUGAACCCACAGUCCUCUCACCAAGUUGCUUGUCCUUGGGACUUCGCCUACUCUGUCCAUCUGAGAAGAACUGAGUGAGUAGAAUUCAGAUGCAUGUCCACUUCUGUAGCCCUGGUGGGACACCCCAGGCCUAGGGAACUCCUCCAGAUGUUUCAGAGUGUCUUACCAUCUUGUUAAACUUCACGUGUGAACACACAUCAUGCUAUCUCUCACACAAUUAAAGAAUACAACCUAUGUAGCCGCCAUUAUGAAAACAGCCAGGGUGAUGCAGGGGGUGGGGCGGGGGAAGAAGCCUUGCAAAGGUGUUAUCUCAGGACAGCAGAAUCCCAAGGUGUCUCUCCAGACGCCCUGCUAAAUUGGAAGUGCUGAUCCUGUGCAUGAGAAGUAGCCUGGAGUGGCCAUGGUGGCACCUGCCUUUCAUCCUUGCACUGUGAAGGCUAAGGCAGGAGGCCAGCCUGGUCUAUAUCCUAAGACCCUGUCUCAAAAAAUAAAAUUCUCAAACUGGGUGUAGUGGUGCACACCAGUGGUUCCAGCAUUAGGUAAGUGCAGAAAGAUCAAGAGUUGGAAGUCAUCCACAGCUACACGGAAUGGCAGACCAGUUUGAGCUGCAUGAGAAGCCCCCUACCCCAUCUCAGAAACAGAAAGAAAAUUACAGAAAUCUAAGCUCCGCAGUGGCAGUGUACACUCAGGAGGCAGCAGCCAGUAGAUCUCUGGGUUUGAGGAUAGCCUGGGCUACACAGAAGUCCUAUGUCACCAAAAAAAUUUUUUUUCAAAAUCCAAAACAAAUAAAAAUGUGCCUCUCCAUGACAA